CGGGUAGUCUUCUGUCCCUUUUCCUCUCUCUCCCUCCUCUUUCAGCUCGGAAAAGCCACCAUUUUCAUAUCCCUUUCUCAGAUCGUCGAUUUCUUCCUUCUCAUCUCUCUUUUCUAAUGGCGUCUUUCACGUCCUUAAACCCUCAUUCGUCUCUAUCUGGAGAUCCGAAGCUUUCGUCUGCUUUUUCCCGAAGAUCUGCUCUUUAUUUUGAGACCUCAGCCGUUCGUCUUCCGACCGGCAAGAAAAGGGCCCCUUUGAGGACGAUGGCCGUGGCGAAAUUCAAAGGGACGCAGAUGAGGGAGAAGCAUCUGACGGAGAUGAUAGAGAAGAAGAUUCUGGAAGCGAAGGAGGUCUGCGAAGGGAACCAGGGCUCCGAUGAGUGCAAGGUCGCUUGGGACGAGGGCAAGGAAGUCAGCUGUGCAAAAGCUGAUCUUCGAAAGAAGAUGGAGAAGAAAGAUCCGCUGGAGUCGUUAUGCGAGGAGAAUCGGGAGACGGACGAGUGUCGGAUCUACGAGGAUUAAUACAUCUCAGCCGUUGAUUCUCCCCAAGAUUGUACAAGGAUUCCAAAGUUCAGCCCAAUCAAGAUUAUGAAGAAGCUUUAAGGUGAUUCAAACAUUUCCUCUCAUAUCUUCUCUCAUGCAACAAGUUCGGAAAAGGUUCCAUCAUUUUUCAGUCCAUGUCGCAUGAAAAUUUUGUUAAGAAAGGCAUGUGGACCAUGCACUAUAGAAUAUUAAGAGACGGUUGAGAAAUGUCUAGCUCUUUUAUAAGCAUGAGCCAAGAGAGGCGUGUACAUUUUUAUUUCUUUUAGAGUUUGUAAGAUUGUAUAAAAGAUUUAUAUGGCUUAGGAAACUACCUAAAGUAGUUAGGUGUAGUUAGAAAAUUAACUGAGGCAUGAUUACACCACUUGGUUAGGAAAGUACAUAAGGUAGUUACAUGCAGUUAGGAAGUUACACGAUUGAAUGUGGCAUGUGGAAUCCUAGCUAGCAUCUUAUGCAAAGAUAGGGGUUAUGACCACUUUGAUAAAUGUCUUAUAUUACUCGCCCUCAAACAUGGCUAGGUGAAAAGGUCAAUUUUAAUAAGAAUACAGCAAAACAUAUGCGAAUUAAAGAUGUUUUAAUAAAGCAAUUCAUUGAGCCAAGUUGUUUUUAUAUUCAAUGAUAAAUUUUUGUUCAGCAAAGUCAUUAGCAUAUCUUUCUUAUGGAUCGAGUCUUCACAAUAGCACUGAAAGCCAUUAUUGGAAAAUCAACUGUCCAACUCAUCCAACAGGGACCAGUAUUAGAAAUGGACAGUCACCAAAAUAACUGGGAUCGAACCCACCAUUACAGCCACCUUUGCUAACCUUUUUCAUUUGUGUCAGUUGCUAUCAGUUAAGGAGAAGCAGAUGGUUUGGUUUAAGUCAUUUGGUGUUCGUUAGCUACUUAGUUGACACAAAUUCAGAACCGAGCCCAAACCAUGCCAGUCACCCCAAGCAUGCAUAUAGGCUCAAAGCCUACAGUCAGACCCAAUCCGAGCAUGAACCCAACAGGCCCAAACUAGAGAACAAUUUAGUCAGCCCAAAUUCAAUGGACCACUUGAAUCAACCGUCCCAACUAACAAACAGAACAAUCCCACAAUCAUUAAUUAAGAGGUCUAUACUUGUUUAAUUAUCAGGGACACACUUGUAAGCCUACUUCCAAGGCAUGUUUUGUAUAUGUCUUAUCUUUGUGGAUGGAGGAAAUGGAGAUACAACAGACGACCAUUACCAUCGUUACAUGGUAAACAUCUCCCUUCCUUUUCUAUAUGAGGAUUUCCUCAUCAAUUAAACUCGAGAUGUAUUUUUCGAUGUAGGAAGACAUAGAGUUUGAUGCAUUCUCUUGGUAUAAAUGCUUACUGUUUCUCGAUUA